UGCAAUUGCUCUAAAGGCCAAACGAUGCUAGAACCUCAUCGAUGUAGUAUCGUUAUACAUUUGUUCCUUCAACUCGACUUAUUUUUGUGUUGACAAUUAGACUUCAAUUUUUUCGUAUUUAUGAUUAAGCAGCUAAACGAGUAAAAAAAAGAAAACAUGAAAGCUAUUUUUCAUAAAACUAUUUGUAGUUCGAAUAUUGUAAGAGUACUUUUGAUGCAGGUUAACUAUGUGAACUAAAAACUUAAUCUGUGAUGCUGGAUAUUGCAUUCGUGUGAUUGCAUAUUUCCAUUGUAUAAAGUUCGCUCGGAUAAUUAUUGGAUUAUAUCGACUUGACCGCAGAAUGAGCUGAAGGUUAUUCUAAAAAGCCUUAGCAGAGUGGAACGAUGGGUUGCUUUGGUAAAAGUAAACAGGUCCUUACCCCGUUCGUCGUUAGAAAUUGUCAAAACAAACGGAACCUAAUUAAAUGCAGCUCGUUUGAUCAACUAAUAUCUGAGUACCGACGCUUAUAUAAGGUACCAAAAGACUGCGAAGUCGGCGUGUACGAUGAGGACGCCACCCAGAUUGACGACACCGAAUGCCUUUUAGCGCUGCAACCCUACACAGUUCUGAGCGUGCUUUAUAAAGGGGAAGAGGAAAUUUUCAUCUCUCCAUCGUUAUUACAUGCCGUAACGAGGUUGAAAACCGAUUUGAGCCACGAGUCACAGAAGCUGCUAUCGUCAACGCGCGCAUGGUUGGACUCGACGAGGGGUCAAUGUUCGUUGCCUAAAUUAGGUGCCGCUUUGUCCAAUGUCAGCGAUCCGCUUGAAGAAGGGACACAUCAAAGGGCGCUUCUAGACUCUAGCUCCGAAGAUCCCCAUUGGUUUGAAAAAGUUCGCGCUUUAAAAGCGACAUCGAAGAAAGAGGUGCUUCGUAACAACGCAAAGAGACGUAUCAAAGGAUAUUAUUAUAAGACGAAAGAAGACUUACUGAAAACGGUUGCCCAACCUCGAGUCGAAUAUCUGUUUAACGAGUUCAUGAGCCGACUACAACAGGCAGAUUUUAAUGGGUCAUAUUUUCAACGAGAGCAUACCGAGGCGCUCUGCUGUUCGAAAGGCUGGUUUGGCUGCCAAGGAGCAUUUGAUAAGGAAAGUUGUUCAUACAGCCAUUGCAUAAACCCUUAUGCUAGACCUGAAGAUUACCUUAUGUUUAGCACAUGGAACCUCGAUCAUCAGGUGGAGCGCUCUCGAAGCGUCGUACCAUCAUUGCGUAGUGCACUCCAAGAACGGCCACAUGACAUUAACAUAACCUACUUCUACAACCUUCUAUUUACACGAAGUAAUCUUCGCCUGGUACACGUGAUCUGCCAUCUAAAAAUUACCCACGUUGGGAUGGAAUGUGAUCCUAACGCUGUGUUUGUUCAAAGUAAGAAAGCGUCUGCCAAUAGGGACAUAAUCGGAAGGCUCAGACAGAAAAAAAGACCGCGCCUAAUCAAAAAAUCUAGCCAAAUCGUAUCACGGCAGGGAAGAGUAAAGGAGAUUUGUGAAUUGGGCGAGUGUCAAACAGGCCAAGGCGCUCCGAAUUUCAAAGCGUCGACAUAGGAAUACAGGUCAAUUUAAAGAAAAG